ACACACUCCCUCUCGUGCUUCACCCUCACACCUCGGCAGCAGCGUGCAAACGAACCGCCGCGCGCGCGCGCACGCAUACCCUCACCCGCACACACACACACUCACUCCUGCACCCUGUAUUUUUUAUGCACCUCGCACCGGGCGCUUUAUAAGCGGUCGUGGAUUAUGAUGCCAGUUUUUAUCACAGCGAAAUAUCGGCCUCUUCUUCAUCGACUGCUGCCGUAAACAACACUAAAAUCGCGUCCCUUUUUUAAAUCAAUAAUUUUUUUUUUUUAGAUUUGAAUUAUUCCGGAUUUAUUUUCUAAUUUGGUUUCCCUCAAUAAAACUGAGCACCGAGAGACCGCCGCGACGCAGAGCUUCACGUCCGAUGCUUUUGGAACAUGUCCUAUGUUCCCUUCCAAGAUGCAAGGUGUGCCGUCCCCCCCUCCUAUCAUCAUCAUCACCAUCAUCGCUCCCACGCCCUCUCCUUCCACGCUCCUGCCUACCACCGUCCCUCUCACGAACGUCCCCCCUACAAUCGUCCCUCAUAUGACCGUCCCUCCUUCGAUCGCCCCAUCUUUGACCGCCCUUCCAUCGACCGCCCUUCCAUCGACCGCCCUUCCUUCGACCGCCCUUCCUUCGACCGCCCUUCCUUUGAACGUCCUGCCUACGAGCGUCCUUCCUACCACCGUCCAUUGCACGAGCGCCCCAUCCAAGACCGCCCCUUGCACGACCGCACACCCCUCGACCGCUGGAACCCCCGUCGCUGUGUGAGCUCCGGACAACAGUACAGCAUGUUGGACCAGGAAGAGGUUCACCCUUUGUUGAUGCGCGAGAGGCGCUCAGAGUCCCACAGGAACAAACUCCUGCGCCGGACAGUCAGCGUUCCUGUUGAGGGAAGGCAUCACCCCGAGAUGGAUCACCGUGCCAGGAGGAAGAGCAUAGCCACUGGGAAGCAACCCAGCAUGGAGGUCCCUCCCACUGCCCCCCUUCAACCCUUCCGACAAUCCGUGAGUAACCCUCCCUGUCCUCGGCCUCGCUCGCUGCCUCCAUCCCUCUCGCUGUCCCUCCUCCCUCCUCCCUCCCUCGGCCCACCUCAGACCUAUGGCAGACGGGCAAGCGGCACCCCACCUCACCCCUUCCCGCUCUCCCUGGCUGUCUCCCCCUCCAACACCUUUUGCCCACCGGUGCAGCCACAGAAAAAGGGCUUCAAGAAAGGUUCGGCCACACCGCCCAUGCCCCGCUCGCUGCCUCUCUCCCCCUCCCUGUCCUUUACCCUGCCCCACUCACCUGCCGCCUCCUCCUCCCCUCCCUUCUUGUACUGGGGAGGAGACUGGAGCGCUGCCGGUUCGAGUCCAGUGGUGGGAGGAACGUUUAUUGAACCACUGCCCCCUGUUGAGAGUUUCCUCAGUAAGAGGUUGAAGGGCUCCAUCAAGAGGGCCAAGAGUCAGCCGAAACUGGACCGAACAAGCAGUUUCCGCCAAAUGAUCCUCCCCCGCUUCCGCAGUGCCGACCAAGACAGGACCCGUUUGAUGCAGAGCUUCAAAGAGUCGCACUCCCAUGAGUCCCUGCUGUCUCCCAGCAGCGCUGCCGAGGCGCUGGACCUCACUCUGGAUGAGGACGCCAUCAUCAAACCUGUUCACUCCAGCAUCCUGGGACAAGAGUACUGCUUUGAGGUGACAACGGCUUCAGGAACCAAGUGCUUUGCGUGUCGUUCAGCCGCAGAGAGAGACAAAUGGAUCGAGAACCUGCAGAGAGCUGUCAAGCCCAACAAGGACAACAGUCGGCGGGUAGACAACGUGCUCAAGCUGUGGAUAAUCGAAGCCCGCGAGCUGCCGGCUAAGAAGCGCUACUACUGUGAGCUGUGCCUGGACGACAUGCUGUAUGCACGCACCACCAGCAAGCCCCGCACUGACACCGUUUUCUGGGGCGAGCACUUUGAGUUCAACAACCUGCCGGCCGUCCGCAACCUUCGCCUUCAUCUGUACAAGGAGACAGACAAGAAGAGACGGAAGGAAAAGAGCACUUACUUAGGAUUGGUCAGCAUCCCCAUCUCAAGCAUCACCGGGCGGCAGUUUGUGGAGCAGUGGUACCCAGUCAUCCAGCCUAGCGUCCUCACAAAGGGAGCCGGCGUCGGAGGAGGGAAAAUCAUCAACGCAUCGCUUCGCCUCAAGUCCCGCUUCCAAACCAUGAACAUCCUCCCCAUGGAGCUGUACAAGGAGUUUGCAGAGUACGUCACCAACAACUACCGCACCCUGUGCGCCGUGCUGGAGCCCGUGCUGAGCGUAAAGAGCAAAGAGGAGGUGGCCUGUGCUUUGGUGCACAUCCUGCAAAGCACAGGGAAGGCAAAGGAUUUCCUGUCUGACAUGGCAAUGUGUGAGGUAGACAGAUUUAUCGACCGAGAACACCUUAUAUUCAGAGAGAACACUCUGGCCACCAAAGCCAUAGAAGAGUACCUCAAACUGAUUGGACAUAAGUACCUCAAGGAUGCUAUCGGGGAGUUCAUAAGGGCCUUGUAUGAGUCAGAGGAAAACUGUGAAGUGGACCCAAUGAGAAUACCCCCAUCUGUGCUGCCAGACCACCAAGCCAAUCUUCGAAUGUGCUGUGAACUGGCUCUCUGCAAAAUCGUUAAUUCCCAUUGUGUAUUCCCUCGUGAGCUGAAGGAGGUUUUUGCAUCCUGGAGAGUGCGCUGCGCUGAGAGGGGUCGGGAGGAUAUCGCCGACCGUCUCAUCAGCGGCUCACUCUUCCUGCGCUUCCUGUGUCCUGCCAUCAUGUCCCCGUCACUCUUCAACCUCACCCAGGAGUACCCCGACGAGCAGACAUCACGCACUCUCACACUUAUCGCCAAAGUAGUGCAAAACCUGGCGAACUUUUCCAAGUUUGGCAAUAAAGAGGAGUACAUGUGCUUUAUGAAUGAGUUCUUGGAGAUGGAGUGGGGUUCCAUGCAGCAGUUCCUGUACGAGAUCUCCAACCUGGACAGUGUCAGCAAUGCAGGCGGCUUUGAGGGUUACAUCGAUCUGGGCAGAGAGCUGUCUAUACUGCACAGCCUCCUGUGGGAGGUCAUGGCUCAGCUCAGCAAGGAUGCCAUCAUCAAGCUGGGGCCUUUGCCCCGCCUCCUGAAUGACAUCAGCAUGGCGUUGCGUAACCCUCACCUCCAGAGGCAGCCGAGCCAUCAGACAGACAGGGUGCAGGACAGACAGACAGACAGGCUGCUGUCUCGACCCAGCUUUAACCGAGGGAUUUCAUCAGAGUUCCAGAAUCUCAUGAUGAGGGACUUGAACAGCUCCAUAGAUAUCACGCGUUUGCCUUCCCCCACCUCCACCGGGGGGGUCAUGCCGUCCCGUUCCCAGCUGAGUUUUCAGGACCGCGAUCAUCCUCAUCGAGCCUCCAAAGACAUGUUUUACGUUUCCCGACCCCCUCUGGCCCGAUCCAGCCCGGCGUACUGCACGAGCAGCUCCGACAUCACGGAACCAGACGCUAAGGAUUCCCGAAUGAACAGCGUGUCUAACCUGCAGUCGGUGGACAUGCUCAACUCCUCCCAGGCCUCCAUCGCCGGUAUGGGCAGCUUCGGUGGGCUGAGCAGCGGAGGCGGUGGCGGCCUGGGGUCGGGCCUGAGCAGCCAGCUGCGGGCCGGUGGGAGGUUGUCAGCUGGCUCCGGCGGCUCCAGCAUGUCAGGCGGCCUCCGGCUGAGCCAGCUGAGCCAGAUGGGCACCACCACCGACUCGCUAUCCCAGCAGCAGCAACACCAGGCCGCCGCCAUGCGCUACCCGCUUUCCUUCCAGAAUCCCCUGUUUCAUCUGGCGACGGCUGACGGGCCGCAGCAACAGCUCCAUCACCAGCACAGCCGGGCUCAACCCCCAGCACCUCUGCUCCUGACCCCUGAACCCGAGCCCUCUCAUCCGGCCUACAUCCCACAGUUCGCCCACGGGGGGUUCUCUCGCAGUGAGGAUCUGUCCACCCUCAGGACCCGGGACGGUCACCUGGGUCAGCCCAGCAUAAUCCACUCACACAGCUACAGUGACGACUACAGCAGGGCUGACUACGGACGCAGGCAAAUCUCCAUGCAUAUGCAGGAUAAUCUGCAACAGCAGCAGGAAAUGUUGGGUAUGGCCUCCCAGACAGGAACAUCCCACUCUUCCCUGGCCACCACACCUCCCUCUACAGUCCAGCCUAUGCGCCAGAGUUCUGUUGCUCCACCUCCCAGCCAACGUGUCAAGUCCCAGACCUCCCACCAGCUAUCCGUCAGCUCAGCAGCAGCACCUGCCGGCUCUGGUAAAACCCGUCCGCAGAGCGGAAACCUCCUCCAGUCUCCAGAGUCCGGGUACGGCGGCAGGCAGCACGGGCCCCGGCAGCUAUCUGUCAAAGACAACACUGCCCCGGGUCUCCCCCACCAGCAGAGCUCGGUCAGGGAAAGUGGGAGUCCGCAGGGGACUACCAGUCAGAACACUCAGCAGUCACCGCAGCAGUCUCAACAGCACCUUUUGAAACCCACCAUGACUAAACAGGGCUCCCAAUCACCUGCCACCCUCAAUCCCCCGACCCCAGCAAAUGAGCGAACAGUGGCCUGGGUCUCCAACAUGCCUCAUCUGUCGGCUGACAUUGAAAGUUCACGAAUUGACCGAGAGGAAUUCAAGCUGAAGGAGUACUCUAAGAGUAUGGAUGAGUCUCGCAUGGACAGGGUCAAAGAGUACGAAGAGGAGAUCAACUCGCUAAAGGAGCGACUAGUGAUGUCCCACAGGAAGCUGGAAGAGUACGAGAGGAGGCUCCUUUUGCAGGAACACCAGACCAAUAAGAUCCUUCUACAGUACCAAAACCGUCUGGAGGACAGCGAGAGGAGGCUACGACAACAGCAGGUGGAGAAAGACUCCCAAAUUAAAGGAAUAAUUAACAGGAAAGAAGACUCGGAAUGAAGACAGGGAGUCCUGCUCGUCUGUUAAGGGAAAAGCAUCUCUAACGCUCUAACUGAGCUUGUAAAAGAACCUUAAACCAUCCACCCUCCUCUCCCGUGCUGUUGCACCCACCAGCAGCCCUUUUUUUUUUAAGAACAUGUGCUCCUUUAUUGGAUUUUGGAAUCAUAGUUUUCCAGCAGAUUUCUUUCCACUAAAGCACGAAAGGAAUGACUAUUUAAUAACCUCAGUGGGGGGGAAAGAAACUGCACUUUUUAAAUGAUUGCUGUGGACUUAAAAGCACAGGACUCUGGAAGAACCAUGGUUUGAUUUUAGCUCUUCCACUUUUAACGAAACCCUGUUUCACUGAAGGACUGCUGCUGUUUCUCUGCACAGAAGAAACUUGGGGACUAAUACUGCUCCACAUUUUUGUACACAUAGUAUAAGGAGUACAGAACAUCACAGAGAAAACUUGAAUAUCGGCAUGUUAAUUGCAAAGACUCGGGCUGAAAGUCCUAGAGGAACUAUGGUGCAUUAGCAGAGCACUCACAGCAUCGCCCCGGAUUAUCCCUCUCUGGGGUAUCAGUGAUUAUCGAGGCUUACACUUGGACCUUGUGUGUCAUAGUUCGACCAUCUAACCACACAGGGAUGAAUUAAGUGGCAGAUCUGGAAGCUUCCGAGUCCGUUUUUUUACUCACAGAUCACUGAGCCAGGCCGUGUGAUAAAGUGCAUUGCAGGACUUGUGCAUCACCGGAGUUUAAAUGCACAUAAAGGCGAUCCAGACAGAGGGCUUCAUCUCAGGCCUUCCUGCCAGAUUGAAUGGACUCCAGAAUCUAGGUGAUUUAACAAGUGAAAGCAUAGCCUUAUGUUCUGUGUUACCCUCAGCUGACCUUCAUGGGUCAGCUGAUACCUUACAGUAGAUCAUUAAAGGUAAAAAAUGCAAGCUCAGGUCUGAUACUGCUCCUGGGUCAGCUUGCAAAAAUCUUGUCUUUCCCUGCAGAAGUAAAAAAAAAAAGUCUGCAUGAUUUUUGUUUCUUUAAAGUAAAGCCUUAAUGCUCUGUGUGUGAAUCUUAAAGCUCAGAGCAAUGCCAGUACCUGUCAAAAGACCAGAACUGGUCUCAGCAGUCUUACUUAAACCAAAGCGACAUGCUGGAGGAAUCGUUUGGAUUUCCUUUAUUCUCUAAGGUUCUAUGCAGAGGUUACAUGUAUGAGUAGUUAAUACCUUACUUAGAGCUGAUAGCUUCUCAUUUGACAGCAGCACAGAUGAGAAGGAAGUUCAAACUAAAACGGGAGGCUAAUGGGCCAGAAUAAAGCGGAUUUCUGAUGUCGUUUUCAGCCUCAUAAAUGACAGGCGCUUAAUUAACCCUGUAUAUUAUGAUUAACCCAAACUCCUUUAUCUUAUCUUAUGGUUAUGUACUAACCUCAGUUUGAUGGCAAAAAUAAUUAUGAUAAUACAAACUUAAAUUAGGGAAUAUUCCUCAUCAAAGCAGAAAAACGAACCACGGCCACGAAAUUACUUGCCUUCCUGGCAUUGCUUUGGUAUGGAGUGCUUUGAAUAAUUAUGGAGUGAGUUUUGUUCCAUUAUUGUUGAAAGGAAAGACCUCAUAUUUUAAAUG